AUGACCAAGUCAAAGAAUAAGCGCCAAACUGAUACCAUAUAUCAGACUGUUAGCGUUCUAUCUGCCCUUGCAGUUAUCGCAACCGGAAACCCCACUGUUGGCUAUGCUGGAUACUUCUACUCCAACUGUAUCGCCCCAAGCAUCGAUGCUGCAAACGCUUACGGUGGAUCUUGUAUCAACAUCGAGAACUUCCCGCUUAAGUCCUUCACCGCUUACGUCGAGUCUGGGUCCUGUACCGACGGUACAUCUGCUGUCCUCAAUACUUACACUGCCUCCGGUUGCAAUUAUUCGACUCUUUAUGAGACUGUCAGCGUCGAGAGCGAGAAGCAGUGCUUUGAGGCAGACGUGACCCUGGUGAGCCUGAAGGCUGAGUGCAUCUAA